AUGGCGACCCGUCAACAUCAAAACCCCUCUCCCCCCCCCGAGACUGCGCGCAUUCGUCUCUCUCACCUCUCCUCGCACAUCAUGGGUUCCCCUAACCCGUCUGUUUUCACUGCUUCGAGGGUGGCUGCGGCCCCCGAAGAUCCUCUCUUUGGUUUGGCCAAGGCCUAUCGCGAAGAUCCCUCUGAUAAGAAGAUCGAUCUGGGCAUUGGUGCUUAUCGUGACAAUAACGCGAAACCUUGGAUUUUACCGGUCGUCAAGAAGGCCGAUGACGCCAUUCACAACGACCCCAACCUCAAUCACGAAUACCUCGCCAUCGGAGGAUUGCCUGAUCUGACAGCUGCAGCCCAGAAGCUAGUUGUGGGCGCGGAGAGCCCCGCGAUUCGCGAAAAACGGAUCUGCACCCUGCAAACCAUCUCGGGUACCGGCGCCGUCCACCUAGGUGGUCUUUUCCUCUCCAAAUUCCAUCCCUUGAAGCCCACCAUCUACCUCUCCGACCCAACGUGGGCCAACCACAACCAGAUCUUCACCAAUGUCGGUCUGAACAUUGCCAAAUACCCAUACUUCUCCGCCAAGACCAAGGGUCUUGACUUUGACGGCAUGGUGCAGGCGCUGCAGGCAGCUCCCACCGGCUCCGUCGUCGUCCUGCACGCCUGCGCCCACAACCCAACGGGUGUCGACCCCACCCAAGAACAAUGGCGCGCCAUCGCCGCCGUCAUGCGCGAGCGCAACCAGUUCCCCUUCUUCGACACCGCAUACCAGGGCUUUGCCUCCGGUGACCUGAAUCGCGAUGCCUGGGCCAUCCGCUACUUUGUCGAACAGGGCUUCGAGAUGUGCGUCGCUCAGUCCUUUGCCAAGAAUUUCGGUCUCUACGGUGAGCGCACUGGCGCUUUCCAUUUCGUCUCAGCCCCUGGCUCCGAUGCCUCCGAGGCCAACGCCCACAUCGCUAGUCAAUUAGCUAUCCUACAGCGCUCGGAGAUUUCCAACCCACCUGCCUACGGUGCCCGGAUUGCUAGCCGUAUCUUGAAUGAUCCUGUUCUCUUUGCCCAGUGGGAAGAGGACCUGCGGACUAUGAGCGGUCGCAUUCAGGAGAUGCGUCGUGGUCUGCGCGAGCGCCUGGAGGCGCGUGGGACACCUGGUACCUGGGAUCACAUUACUAGCCAAAUCGGCAUGUUCAGUUUCACCGGACUGAACGAGGCCCAGGUGCAAACCCUGCGCUCCAAGUGGCAUGUUUACAUGACCAAAAACGGUCGGAUAUCGAUGGCAGGCUUGAACACGAAUAACAUAGAUUACUUUGCGGAGGCUGUGGACAGUGUUGUUCGUCAGACUUCGCUUCGAAAUGAACUUGUAUACCGGGUCUCUUCAUCCACUAUUUCGACUGACAUGAGGACAAACAACCUUGCAAAGAAGGAUGUUUCACGCAGGAAAGCGGCGUUGCUGGUCUUCGUAUACCAGUAG